GUUAGUUAUUUUUGCACUAAAUACUAUUUUGGUCCAUAUUAAUUCGUUGUACACCUAUAAACUCAAUUAAUCAGUCAGUAGACCCGACGGAUUUCGCCGUUUUGAGACCCGGAACCAAAAAUCUGUCUGAUGACGCUGGCUGCUGGUUCCAUGGACAUAUUGGUUCCAGUCUCUCACUGAUUUAGUUAGCUGACUAGCUAACGCUGUCCCCGCAAACACUCGUAGCACUGAAGAAUGAACCGAAGGGGAUUCCAAUAAGGGGAUCCCCACACCCCUUCAUUUUAGCGAUACCAGGGGUUCCCCUGGCAGAGUUGAGCACGCCGUUAGGGAAUUGGUGUUUUGGGCGUGAAUCGGUGUAUUUCGUGCGAAAGACUUUGUACGUAGCUAACAUUACCUUAAAACACAGGGCCAGUUAGCUAGCUACCGUUAGCCUGUGAUCGAAAAGCUAUUCUACACUAUUUUGUUUUAACGUUAUUGCUCGUCUGCGAAUGGACGAUCCUGCCACAAUGGACAAUAUGUGCGGUCAGUAUGCUUUGUAAUUAAUGUUUAUUUGAUUUGCAUUAUAUCGUAUUUUAUUUAGUCUUUUGGUGAGUUAGCUUGACAGCUUCGUUUUAAUUUAGUUGCAACGGGCCUUACGACUCCUAGCUAAGGUCUACAGUGCCCGCAAACCAGUCUCUUCCGUUUGCAUUCCCCUACACUGGAUCGCGGGUCGCUGACUAAUGUAGUUAGCUAGCUAGUAAAGCUAGUAUAGGUUAUACGUGGAAACCAGAAAAUAACUCCGUUGCCCACACAUUGUGGCUAUUCUCCAGUUAUUUAUUAUUUUUCACAGGAUAAACAGUUUAUUCGCGAUUGAAUCCCUGCUGCACAAUAUAUUUUACUUCUACCUCAUCUUAUUAACGUUAUUUCCCUCUUAUACCGACGCGUCGUUUAAACUGGCUCUCCAUAUUCCGCCAAACAGCCUGUUCAGCAAGCUUGGACACUCGCUCAUCGUUGUACUGACAAUCCGCACUGCUAGCUCUAAUGAGAGUUUGCGGUGGCCAGCACUGUUCAGCCACCAACCACGGACGAAAUUUGUCGUGAGGAGAAACUCCUACUCUGAAGCAGCUAAGGUCCAGACGCCGGAGUGUAGGUGUUCUGCUGUUCGGUUUAUAGAUAAGAGUCUUGCGGUAGGGGGGUCUCGGACAGAUCGAUUGUUGAAACCCGCCAUGCCCGGUCCAGCGGCCGGUAGCAAAGCACGGGUGUAUGCCGAUGUCAACAAGCUGAAGAGCAAAGAGUACUGGGACUAUGAAGCUCACGUCCCAAGCUGGAGUUACUGAUGCUGUUUGCGACCUACUAUACAACCAGGAUGACUAUCAGCUUGUACGUAAACUGGGCAGAGGGAAGUACAGCGAAGUUUUUGAAGCCAUCAACGUCAACAGCAAUGAAAGGGUGGUUGUCAAAAUCCUCAAGCCUGUGAAGAAGAAGAAGAUCAAACGUGAGAUCAAAAUCCUAGAAAAUCUGAAAGGAGGCACCAACAUAAUUCGUCUGGUGGACACAGUGAAGGAUCCAGUGUCGAGGACACCAGCACUUGUCUUUGAGUGCAUUAAUAACACAGAUUUUAAGGACCUGUACCAGAGGCUAACAGAUUUUGAUAUACGUUUCUACCUGUAUGAGCUGCUCAAGGCUCUGGACUACUGUCACAGCAUGGGGAUCAUGCAUCGGGAUGUCAAGCCACACAAUGUGAUGAUAGACCACCAAAUGAGAAAGUUGCGUCUCAUUGACUGGGGGCUGGCAGAGUUCUACCACCCUGCUCAGGAGUACAAUGUCAGGGUGGCAUCCAGGUCGUACAAGGGACCAGAGCUGCUGGUGGACUAUCAGAUGUACGACUACAGUCUGGACAUGUGGAGCCUGGGCUGCAUGCUGGCCAGUAUGAUAUUCCAGAAGGAGCCCUUUUUCCACGGACAAGAUAACUAUGACCAGCUUGUCCGUAUAGCCAAGGUCCUGGGAACAGAGGAACUCUAUGACUACCUGCAAAAGUACCACAUUGAACUGGACACCCGUUUCAAGGACCUACUGGGCCAGCAGACACGUAAGCGCUGGGAGCAGUUUGUUCAGCCGGAGAACCAGCACCUGGUGAGCCCAGAGGCCCUCGACCUUUUGGACAAGCUUCUGCGCUAUGACCAUCAGCAGAGGCUGACCGCUGCCGAAGCCAUGGAGCACCCUUACUUCUAUCCUGUGCUGAAGGGACAGUCUCUCUCCAACACAGACAGCACUCUUGCAAUAAGCGGCUCCAACGCAACAUGAUGAGCAGGAAACACCCCAGUUUAUUAUGAUUCUUUUUUCGUCUUUUUUUGUUUUUACCUCAACUCUUGAAACUUUUUUGGUGGCAGAGUUCUCUGCCCCUCAGGAGGACAGUUUUACUGGAACAAAAAAAACAAAAAACAAAAAUGUCAUCCAGCACACGGACAUGUACAGAACGAACAAAGACACACAAAAAUACAUGUGCAUACACUGGCAAAUCGUCUCUUCUACACACACACACACACACACACACACACACACACACAGACAAACAAACCCACACUGUUUACCCGCUGCUCUAGACCCCCAACAGGAACAGUACAACCAACAGUAGUUCGCCCUCCUUCUCCAACCACUCCUUUUUAUUUUUAGUUAGAGAGAAAGAAGAGAAGAAAAAAAAAAAGCGUUUUGUAAAAGAACACACUGAACCCCAUCCCACCUGCGCUCCCCUCUUUUGUUUCCUCUCCCCUCCCUCCCAGUUUUAAAAUAAGCUUGGCAGACACCGGAGGAAAGAAUGCCUGCUCUUUCCCCCCUUGCAUUGGGUCUGCGUAUCUCAAGAGGGAUCGGUCCUAGCAGUGCCAAUGGGGUUUUUGCUGGACGGGGUUCUCACCUGCUGAUAUGAGGUCAGAAUCCGAAGCUGUAGUGUUGAGUGGCAUGGAGAAUUUUUUUUUUUCUGCUAUGGUUGGAUUGAGAAUUACUAUCAAUGAGAAUAAAUAAAUUUUAUUUUA